AGGAUGUCAAAAUAGCAUUUAUUUCAAUAUUUAUCAAUAUAAAUUUUAAGUUUUUAGAAGUAAAACAGAUUGCAUAUUGCGUAUAUUAAAUAUUAAUUUAUAAAAUUCACUGUUAGAGGUAAUAAGGCAAGUUGACAGUCUUCCAAUGCUUUCAUUCAAAACAUUUUAAAAAUGUAAUACACACUUUGUCAACGUCACUCAACAAUACACCCCUUAACAGGAAAAACAGUUCAUAUUAUUCGUUCAAAAUGAUGCAACAAUAUAUGAAAGAACUGGAACAAGAACCAUUUGAUGCAGAGGAAUUUGUCGAGAGACUAGCAUGGAGAACCAUAGCUGAAACUAAGACUGAUGACGACGAAAAUUUUAAUCCUAGUCUGUUGCAUGAUUCCUUUGUACAAGCUAUAAAAGAUUUAACAUUGUUGCAAGAACGCCAGAAAAAGAAAUGUGAACGGCUUGAGGCUGCAGUUCGCGAAGAUGAGGCUCAAUUCUUUCAAGAAAUCCAUAAUCUGUUAGAACAGAAUAAGAAAGCGAUUGAUACAUUCCAAGAAUUGGAUGGCAAAAUUAACCAUGUUGCUACUAAAGUUUUACAUUUGGGUGAUCAGUUGGACAGUGUGAAUGGUCCUCGUGCAAGGGUAGUAGAUGCCCAAAACUUGAUGACACAUUUGAAUGAGUUUUUAACCACUGGACCACUCACAUCUGGAAUAUUUACAGAUCCUACUAAGGUUGAUAAAGCGGCAGAAAUUGUACAAAAGCUGUAUUUAAUUUCACAAGAUUUACCAUCACCAAAGUUUGAAGGUUUAAAGCGCAAAAUUGAAAGGAAAUAUGAUGAAACCGAAAGAGCUUUAAUUGAAGAAUUUUCAGCUGCACAGAGGAGAGAUGAUUUCAAAAGAAUGAAGGAAAUAGCUAACGUUUUGUCACAGUUUAAAGGGUAUCCUCAGUGUAUUGAUGCCUACAUUGAAAAAAGCCAAGCUGGGUGCCUGUUGAGCAAAGAUGUUUUUGCACACUUGGUGCCAUUAUGUCAACUCAACUAUGAAGUUAUUAAGAAAGUCUUUAACAAUCCAGAACAAGUAAUGGCAAAGUUUGUUCUCAACAUUUACCAUUUAAAAAUACAAGAAUAUAUAGCUUCGAAGCUGUCUUCAAAAUUAGACAGUUAUAAUUAUUUGAAAACUUUAUAUGAAUUAUAUUUCAGGACAAACCAGUUGUCUCAAGAACUGUCCGUUUUUAACAUGGGCAGUGACAAGAAUUAUUUAAAUAAGUUAACCAGUAAUAUAUUUAAUAAAUACAUAGAUAAUUACAUAGCACUAGAACUUAAAUGUUUAAAAGAACGCAGUUCUGCAAAUUUGCAAAGAUACUAUGAAUCUAAAAAUCACCAGAAAAAACAAAUCCAAUCAGGAGGUUUUCAAGAUUUGCGUCGCGAUUUGCAAGCGGUUAUAGGAACGAGAGCUAAUAUAAAUAUUGCGCAAAUAGAAAACUACGGAGGAGAAACAUUUUUAUCAGAAGAAUUAGCCAUCACUAUUCUACAGGACACGAAAAAUGCUUUCCAGCGUUGUCAAUUGCUUUCAAAAUCUGAAGAUAAGGCCUCUAAUGCCACACAAAUUUUGGACCGUUUAUUGAAUUCUUUAAUGAUAGAACACGUAGAUUAUGCUUUGGAAUUAGGACUUCAAGCGAUACCUGUCGUUGAAGGUUCAAAGACCCCACCUACCUUAUAUUUUUUCAUUGUCGUUCAUCAGAGCAAUAAUAUUACUCACUUGCUAGAAAAACAGUUUACUGAUUUGGCGGUACCCUUGAUUAUUAACACACCAAAAUACAACGAUUGCAUCCAAAAGAAAAAGUUUGUCUUAGAAGACAUUGAAAAGAAAGUGAACACUGGACUGGACAGGACUUUGAAUGCAAUCGCCAGUUGGGUGAAACUUUAUCUACAGUCAGAACAGAAAAAGACAGAUUUCAAGCCAGAGACUGAUGACUUUGAUACUGUCGCUUCGCCAGCUUGCAAGGCAGUUUCUCAGUAUAUAACUAAUGUUAUUAAAGAAAUUCAAACAAAUUUAGAUGGUAAUAAUGUAUCAGCUUUGCUGCAAGAAUUAGGCGUGCGACUACACAGAGUUAUUUAUGAUCACUUAUUACAAUUUCAGUUCAACACUGCAGGAGCGAUGGUUGCAAUUUGCGAUUUAAAUGAGUACAGAUCAUGUACAAAGCGUCUAGGACCAUUGGUGGCUGAAUUGUUUGAAACUCUGCAUGCUCUAUGUAAUCUGCUUUUAGUAAAACCAGAAAAUUUGCAGCAAGUUUGUUCAGAAGACUCUCUGGUUAAUUUGGACAGAUCGGUGCUUCAUAAUUUUAUUCAAUUGCGCAGUGAUUUUAAGACACAAAAACAAAAUUUCUUGAAGGUGUAAAUUUAUAUAUGUACUAUGUAACACUGAAGUAUAUAAGAGUUUGUUUUAUAACAAUUUGUUUUUUAGAAAUAAAAAAAAUAUUAAACUCU